AUUUACAGGUCUAUAUAAUGUUAAUGGGAAUCAUCUAAGGAUCAACUUAAAUUUAUUUCCCUUUCAAAAUAUAUUACUCGACCCUAAAAAUCUCAAAGCACUUCUUCUUGAACUGCAAUGACAAGCCCCGAGCAAUCUCUUUCUCUUCCCAUAUUCUUGCAAGAAAAUGAAACCUCCCAAGAAUUCAAAGACUUGAUAGCCUCAAUGCCCACUGAGAAAGGCUGGAUUACAAAACAUAUGCAUCAAUACCACGGUUUUUGGUACUCAACGAGGCAACUUCCAGGGAUUCUAGCUUGCCAAAAACACUUUCAAGCCCAAGAUGGCGAUAUCUUUCUUGUCACCACUCCUAAAUCAGGCUCUACUUGGUUAAAGGCGGUGAUGUUUUCCUUGGUGAAUCGGGUUUCCUUUCCUGACACCAAACAACACCCUUUGCUCACUAACAACCCUCAUGCUCUUGUGCCUUUCUUGGAGAUGGAAUACAUUGGCGAAGAGAAUCUUGACUUCACCAACUACACUUUUCCUAGGCUGUUUUCAACUCAUCUUCCACUCUCAUCACUUCCGAGAUCUGUGGAGGACUCUGAUUGCAAGCUUGUUUACUUGUGCAGGAAUCCUAAGGACACUUUCGUGUCCUUUUGGCACUUCAGUAACAAGUUGACACCCAUAGAUUGGGUUGCAAGUUCACUUGAAGAGACCUUUGAUAAAUUCUGUAGGGGAGUGAGUUUGUACGGGCCAUUUUGGGACCAUGUUUUGGGUUAUUGGAAGGAGAGCCUGGAAAGGCCUCAUAGGGUAUUUUUCUUGAAGUACGAGGAAAUGAAAAGGGAGCCCAGGAUUCAAUUGAGGAGACUGUCUGAAUUCUUGGGGUGUCCAUUUUCCCUCGAAGAAGAGAAUAGCGGUGUCUUGGAUGAAAUCUUGGAGCUGUGUAGUUUUGAAAACCUGAGCAAUUUAGAAGUGAACAAGAUCGGAAGGCUGCAUUCCGGACAGGAGCAUCAGGCCUUUUUUCGACGAGGCGAAGUUGGCGAUUCCAUGAAUUAUCUCACGGCUGAGAUGGUGGAAAAAAUUGACAUGAUCACUGAGCAGAAGUUGCAUUGUCAUGGUUUAAAGUUCUAGUUUGUUCUGAAGGCCGAACCAUCUUUCUUAACUACUUAUCAGCAUGCAUCUUUUGUUGUACCGAUGAGGGAAGCGUGAGCACCGAGCAGAACAUGUCUUUAUCAAGGUAGCUUGCACGCGAUAUUAUGAGGUGUUAAUAUAUUUGAUUUGUUGAUUGCUACGUCACCAAACUUAUUAAUGUAUCCCUAGCGAGUAUCCUGUAAUUGCUUCAUGCUUUGUAAUCUUGCGUGUUUACAGUUGUUUUUAUGAACCCAGAUUGUGUUGGUUACUACAAUUUCUUGGUGUAAAGGAUGGACGAUCCUUUAAAUGACAAGUUUAUCACUACAAGGGGGUAUUUUAGUAUUA